AUGGCUGCCAGCCCGACACAACACCCCUGGAACAUAUGGAAACACUCAACUUCCACUACCGACGCUGCAUCCAGGCACAACAACAACAACAACAACAACAACAACAACACCACCACCACCACCACCAUCACCGCCAGAACACCCCCCUCGCCGACCUCACCCCUCUUCCAUGCGGUGAUACCCGAAGACCAACCCCCCGACGAUAUCCAUUUCGAACAUGAAUUCUUACGAGCUUUGAUCAACGAGCGGAAGCCACUGCCGCCUGGAAGCACAAUCUCUUGUUUUGUGAAUGCGUUGGAUAGUGAAGGCAGACAAGGGUUGGAAGAGGCUUUUGGUGUCAGAGUGCCGCAGAGUGCGGUGCUGAGUGGUGGGAGAGGCAUUCGAAGCCUGAGCUUGCCCGUGGAGACAUUGAAGUCGAUGGCUACGGCGAGCAUGGAGAGCGUGCAUGAGACAUCGUUACCUUCGUCGCCUCCGGAGUUGAGUUACUCGAAGAGCUCCAAGAGUUCGUCGUCAAUCAACUCGGAUGACGACUUGUCAGAUGCUGCAUUGAGUUCGAAGCAUGGUCACUUCGAAGAGGUCGUGCUCGAAGAUGGAGAGCGGGACUCGGGCGAGGAUUGCAACCAACCGCCCGCGAGCAGACCGACACUGAGGAGAGCGCCGCCCAGAUCGAUAACGACGACGAAUGACAUUCGGACGAUGCCGAGACGAAGGAGCGGGACGUCUCCACAAGCAAGAGCGCUGCCGAACGGCAUGAGACAGAAAUAUCCCAGUCUGCAGGGAGCCGUGCGUGGUGCCCUCAGCGAUCAAUCGCUCAAUCUGCCCAAUGGUCGGAGCAUGCAACGCGCUGCCACAAGUCCGAUAUCUCCUUUCAUGCGCCAACACUCGCAGCGCAUGUCGUCGCGGUCACCUUCGCCAAACAAGCCGUACAUGCAUUCCAAUGGCUCUGUGUCACCUCAGACCCUGGCCAGCGCCACGCCAAAAGCCUCAUACGAGUCGCCAAAAGAAAACAACGGCCUUGCUAGGAGACCGUCUUGGCAGCCUUCGCGGAAGUCUGUGAAAGAACUGGAAGCCGAGUACAACGACGAAGACGAAGACGUGCCUGAGGACGCAAUUCUCGAGAAUGUGCCCAUUUCACCCAUGCCAGGACAAUACAGCACUUCUCUGAAGUCACCUAGUACCACGACGUUGCGCUCAACGACGCCUAGUCCGCACCGCAGACCGUCUUAUGCUAAUCUCCAUUCCGCGAAUAUCCCGAAACAAGCGAAACGACCAUCCGCACGGUCGUCGUACAACUCACCCAGAUCGCCGCGAAAUGGACGGUCGCCCAUGAUGCCACAUAGCGCGACUAUCUCUUCCUUUCCAGCAGAACCGCUCAGCCGUAAGCAUAGGAGCAAGUCGUGGACGGAGGAUUUGAAUGAGGAGGCGAAGCAAUUAUCACAGGCGCUGGAAGAGUAUGCGGGUAAACUGUCGAUAGAGAAGAGGCGUUCGGCAUCAAACACACCGUCGAGAAGUCCGCCACCACCGAGCAUGGCGAAGGCACGAGCGAAGACGAGCAUUUACGAGAUUCCGUCUGCGACGACGAUAUUGCCAUCUGUGCCUCCACUGCAGAAAGGCAACAUCAUGAUCGAUCCUCUACCGAUCAGCAAGGAGAAGGAGGCUGUUCUGACGCGGACAAGGCCUUCGUGGCUACCGCCCAAAUGUCAGAAAGAGGAAGCGAGACACCUGAAGGAGUUUCAGCAGAUGAUGGCACGCGCAGCUGAAGCAGAAAGGAAAAGGCUGCUCAGAGAGCAAGAGCACAAGGAAACACAUGUUGAGACACAGAGCAGCAUAGCACGCAUCUGGGACCAACAUGUGUUACCGAAUUGGGACACCGUUGUGAAAGAGCCUCGAACACGUGAACUCUGGUGGCGAGGAGUAACGCCUCGCAGCAGAGGAGAGGUCUGGCAGAAGGCGAUCGGCAAUGAACUUGAGCUUUCUGCAACUUCAUUCGAAGCAGCACUCGCACGCGCGCACAGCCUGGAAGAGACGAUCGGAGACAUGCCAGACGAGGAGCGAGCCAACAGCAAAGAAGCAGCCUGGUUCGACGCGAUCACAAGAGACGUACCAAACGUCUUCCCCGAGCUUCACAUGUACCAGCACGGCGAAGCACUCCACCGAUCCCUCACAGACGUCCUAAAGGCCUACUCGAUGUACCGCAGCGACGUCGGCUACGUCUACGGGACGCAUCUCGUCGCGGGUAUCGUGUGCCUCCUGCUCCAACCAGCCGAAGCCUUCGUCCUUCUCGCCAACAUGCUCAACCGACCACUCCCUCUCGCCUUCCUCGUCCACGACCAAGUCGCAAUGGCACGAGCCUACGAAUUAACUCUCAGCACGCUGAAAUACAAGUACACCCGCCUCCACGACCACCUCAGGAACCCCAUCGUCGGCCUACGACCGGAAGAAUUCCUCGAUCCGAUUUUCCGCUGCCUUUUCGCGUACAACUUCUCGCACGAACAUGUCAGCAGGAUUUGGGAUGUGUUUGUCUUUGAGGGUGACAGGGCUUUGAUUCGAGCUGCUGUGGCGGUACUGGGAAAGCUGGAGAGUAAGCUCUAUGGUUCGAGGGAGGAGAUCUUGAAGCAUAUUGGGUGGUGUAAUCAGGAGAGGUGGGAGCUUGGAAACGAGGAUGAGUUUAUCGCUGCCGUGAGGGAGGCGGGUAAAGUUGACGGGAAGGGGGAACAACAACAGCAGCUGCAGGUGCCGAGGAGUGCUUAG